AUGAAUACGACGCAGACAGCAAAAUCGGUGAGACAACAGGCAAAUGAUCAGUGUCAUCGUCCUCAGAUCUCUCACACUGGAGGGUCCAGCAACGGUAAUCUGUUGCUGGAUUUUCGCGUGGAGUUGACCCAGCGUUUGGCAGCUCGCGGGCUGGACGCGGCUUUUCAACAAGUUUUUUCUAUCCGCGAAGUCGCGGGAGAAGCCUGCCAUCCUCACCGCUCUUCCCUUGCCUUAAAUCAAAACUUUCCAAUGUUGAAGUCCGUUGAUCUUUAUAACACAAGUUCAUCACCUCAAUAUUAA